GGGAAAGCAGAGACCAGAGUUGAGUUCGCAUAUCUUAGCGUGGGCUGAACCCAAUCCAUCCUAAGCAGUAGCCGAACUCUCCGUCUCUACCCACUCUUCCCGCCACCAUGGCCGCCGCCGCCAUGUGCUUGCCCCAUUCUCUCUCCCCUCCCUUUCAAGCCACUCGCCGCCGCCCAGCGCCUCCCUCCUGCUUGCACUCUGAGCGCGGCGUCUCCUUCGACCCCGGCUCCGCCUUCUACCGCAGCGACAGCGCCGCGGGCCGCGACCUCGCCGUCCUCGCGGCCACGCUCCACCGCCGCCACGGCCGCCUCGAUCCCUCCGCCCCGUUCCUGUGCCUCGACGCGAUGUGCGGCUGCGGCGUCCGUGCCCUCCGCUACCUAGCGCAGGCUGGCGCCGACUUCGUCUGGGCCAACGACGCCUCCGAGGCGCUCCGCCCUGUCAUCGUCGCCAACCUCUCCCGCUUCGAGCGGGGUUCGCCGCCGGCGGAAGCGGGGCGCAGGAGGUGGGUCGUGUCGCACAACGACGCCACCCGGCUGCUAGCGGAGCGGUACCUCCGGCGCGAGUACUUCGACGUCAUCGACGUGGACUCGUUCGGUGGCGACGCCGCGUAUGUAAGGGCGGCGCUCUUGGCGCUCAAGAUUGGGGGCCUUCUCUACCUGACGUCCACGGAUUGGCGGUCGGCGAGAGGGUAUGGUUCGAGAAGCUCUUUGUCUUCAUAUGGAGCAUAUGUUCGUCCAAUGCCAUAUCCGAAUGAGGUUGGUUUACGAAUGGUUAUAGGUGGUGCUGCGCGGGAAGCAGCUCUUCUGGGAUUUCACAUAAGACCAGUAUUCUCGUAUUUUGCAUAUCAUGGUCCUAUUUAUCGAGUGAUGGUACAAUUAUGCAAUGGAAAAGAUAAUGACACCAGUAAUUAUGGCUUCAUUACUCAUUGCAAGAGUUGUGGCCAGUCUCAGACUUUUGGAUUUGAUGAGCUGGGGCAGAUUUCUUGCGGUUGUACAGACAGAACAGAUGACGAUUUGAUCGCUGUUGUAGGCCCACUUUGGACAGGUCCCCUCCAUGAUGCAUCUUUCCUUACUGAAAUGCUAAGCUUGGCUGAUGAAUGGGGAUGGGCAUACACAAGUGAGAAUGUCACUUUGGAAAAACUCCUUAGCACGAUGAUUGAGGAGAGUGACCCACGGUUGCCUCCAGGAUAUAUUAGACUUGACGAGAUUUCAAGACGAGCAAAAAUUAACUCUCCACCACUCGGUACGCUCAUCAAUUCUCUACGAAAGGAAGGCUUUUCAGCUUGUCGAUCUCAUAUAGGUACAAAUGUAAUCAAGACCAACUGUCCAAUUUCUUCUUGCAUCGAUGUGGCACGGGAGAUCCGAAACUUGCGAUGAAUGCCAACUGCAUUCUUUGUGAUUCACCAAGUAGAGAGUUCUUUUGACCGUUGUAGCACAAAGCAGCUGCGAAAUGAGCACUUUGUUCCAAGUGGAUCUUUCAUUGUGGCAGUAACUGGAAGGCAGAUUUUUUUGCUCACAAGCAAGACCUGUUGUCGCGAGCUACACACGUUUCGCAUCAUGGUGCCUGUUGUUUGCAUGUUUGUGAUAGGCAUCCGUAGUUCACCUGUUUGUAUACAGGCAACUUUUAUUCCUUUUGUUUUCUUUUUAAUUCUUUGGCAGCGAUGAUGCAGAACUUGUAAGAAUGAUUAUAAAUGCAGGUUAGGGGAAAUUACCAGAUGAGGAUGUAAAAUGUAUUCCCUCCGACGUCGUGGACUCAUCUUGCCCUAGAUACCAUAUGUUUAUGAACAAAGAUAAUAGAUUUUUUAUGACGUUAUUGUGGAGCUUUCGGUUGCGGACAUA